GUUACCUUUCCCGCCACGUUUUGGGUGUGGGUGGUGGGUGGCGGGUAUAUAAGUCGACUCGGAGAGGAGGGAGACGUCACUCCACGAUCAUGACUCCUAAGAUACUUUUGCUGGUGGUGGCAGUAACUGUCGGGUCCGUCAAAGGCCGCCCCGAGAUCCCAGCCCGCCCCGCCUCGCCCUACACACCCCCGGACCUCGGGUCGGACCCUAGCCACGUUCCAGGGUUCAAUGCCCACACAGCUGCAGCCCUGACCACCCCAGACCACUUUGGCCCUUCAGGCAGUGGUCCUGACCCUACCUACAACGGCCCUGAGCACCCUGAUCCUUCAUAUAGGAGCCCUGCCCCCCCAAAUCUCAGUUACAGUAGUCCUGCCCCCCCAACCCCUAGAUACAGCAGUCCUGCUCCCCCAGGUCCCAGUUACAGCAGUCCAGCAGCCUCAGCUCCCAGACAGAGAUCUGGGGACCGUACCAGAUCCAGGGCACCAGCCAGCCCCUCAUACACAGAAAAUACUCACGACUCCGCCCCCGUCCAGCGUCCCGCUCAAUACAACUUCCAGUAUGACGCCCAAGACGCUGAAACUGGCCAGAACUAUGGCCACCAGGAGACCCGGGAAGGCUACAAUACUCAGGGCUCUUACUACGUCCCCCUUCCCGACGGCCGUAUCCAGAAGGUCACCUACUACGUUGACGGCGACUCAGGUUACAUGGCCGAGGUGACCUACGAAGGUGAGGCCACCUAUCCUGAGCCACAGCAGUAUGGGCGAGAGUCUGAACCUGCUUACAAUCCUGCACCAGCGGCCCCAAGACGCAGACCAGCUCCCAGGCAGGACUACAGAUCCACGCCAGCUCCAAGUUACGAGCCUGCUCCAAGCCCAGCCUACGAACCUGCACAAACCCCAAGUUAUGAGACAACCCCAAGACCAAACUACCAACCCACAUCAUAUCGCAGACGCGGACCUACACCACCCAACAGCUAUAGGGAGACCCCAGACUACGAGGCAGCCCCUAGCAACGAGCCAACGCCAACAUAUGAAGAAGUUCCUAGCCAAGAGUACGAGUCAGUACCCUCAACCGACUACCAGGUCGAACUCCCUUACGCAUAAACCUUCAAACUAAUGUAAAUAAUAAGUGAUAACAACUGUGAAUUUACUCUUGUAUAUAGAUCUCUAUUAAAUAUAAACGAGAAAAUCUU